UUUUCACUAAUUUUGUAAUUAGUAAUGAAAUUAAUGUUAUUAUACAUUAGUAUAUAUAUACUCAGUUAUCUUUUAUAUAUGAAAAAAAUUAUAUCAAAUUUUACUAUUUUAUAGUUAUAUCUAUCAUUUUAAAGUAAAAAAUUGUAUUUAACUAAAUAUGAUAAAAUUGUUUUAAACUGAUAAAUUAAUAUAUUUUAUUUUCACAAACAUUAAAAAUUUAUGCUGGAAAUAGAAUAUAUUGGUAGAACGAGUUAACAUUAGUAAAUUAGAUAAUUCAUGUAUAAAAUUAACUUAUCUUAAACUUUUAUAUAUAUAUAGUUAUUAUCUUAAAUGAAUAAACAUAAAAAAAAUAUUGAUAAAAGAAAUCUAGCGCUUUGAAUUACGGAUCAGGAUCAUAAUAAUUAAAUAAAAAUUAAUUUUAAAAUAUAUAUAAUAAAAAUACCAAAUAUAUGUGAUGAUUUGAAAUAAUCAAUUAACUUACAGCAUGAAAAUUAUCAAAUUGUUAUAUUUAAAAUAAUUAUAUAAAUAUAUUUAUUUAUGUAAAAUAUAUGUAAACAUGAAAAUUAAUACCCGCACUAUUGUGCGGAUCCAAAUCUAGUUUUAAUUAUUUUCUCAAUGACAUAAUUUAAUUCAUUUGACAGAUAAUAAAGCCAAGCUAAAUAUCACGGUAAAAAAAUCAAGCAAGCUAGUAGUCUUUUUUCAAAAUAGUAAUAAAAUAUUUAAGUUUUAACUAUAGAUACAUUAUUUCAUAUGAUCAAUUACUUUCAACAAAUUUAAACCGAUAGUAAUUCUACAAAUUCAAUCAAUUAAAAUUUAGAAUUACUAAUAAUAAAAAUAAACAAAAUAAUGAAAAGUUACAAAAAAUCUAUUAAAAACUGAAAGAAUAUUAUUUAAUUUGUAGUGUAACUGGCAAUAAAAGAGAAAUUCAUAAAUUCUACAAGCUCUAACUUAUAACACAUUGUUUAAUUAGUCCAGAUACAAUAUAGAAUAAUUUACCAGUUAUAGGCUAAUUCUUGAAAUUUGUUCAACCAAAUAAACCAUCUAGAAACGAAAACAACAAAGAUAUUACAUAUAUAUAACUUAAACAAGAUAAUUGAAUGGUUACCCAUUUAUCUCUCUCCCACCUAAUAACAAUCUUAAGAUGUUACAAAUCCAAAAACGAAAAUAGAAAGAAAAAGGGAGAAAAGAAUCACAUCUUUGCCAAUUUACACACUCGUGCUUUGUCUAUUCUUGGUAGGUUUUGUUCUUCCCUCUUUCCGUUCUUACAAUUUCUUGUCUCUCACGGAACACACAAAAGCAACAAAAAGAAAGAUUUCGCAGAGAUCAAAUCGAUUCCAUCACGUCUGUAACCGCAAUGCGCAAUUGGGAGAACCCGGUUAUGCUUGCGUGUAACACGGCUUCAAAGAAAAAUCUACCUUCUUGCAUUGUCUUCAUCAUCAUCUUCAUUACCUUGUUAUGUCCGGCCGUAAUGUCUCAAGUAGUUGUGCCAGGUUCAGACGCAGAUUGUCUCUUGAGAUUCAAAUAUACAUUAGCAAAUGGUUCGGUGUUUUUUAGUUGGGAUCCAUCAACAUCACCAUGUCAAGGAAAUGACGCAAAUUGGUUCGGUGUUCUUUGUAGCAAUUACGUUUGGGGGUUACAACUCGAGGGACUUGAAUUAACCGGGAAACUAGAUCUCGACCCAUUGGUUCCUAUGAAGAAUCUACGAACCAUAAGCUUCAUGAACAAUGAAUUCGAUGGACCAAUGCCUCAAGUUAAGAGGCUCACUGCGUUGAGAUCUUUGUAUUUGUCUAAUAACCGGUUUUCGGGGGAGAUACCCGCGCUUGCGUUUCAAGAUAUGCCUCAUUUGAAGAAGAUUUUGCUGGCUAAUAAUGCCUUCCGAGGAACAAUUCCUUCUUCUUUAGCUUCUUUGCCAAGGCUUGUAGAGGUGAGGCUAAAUGGUAAUCAGUUUCAAGGGCAGAUACCACAUUUCAAACAAAAGGAUCUUAAGUUAGCUAGCUUUGAGAACAAUGACCUCGCUGGACCGAUACCUGAAAGCCUCCAAAACAUGGACCCAGGCUCUUUUGCAGGUAACAAAGAUUUGUGUGGUCCUCCCUUAAGUCCAUGUUCUAUUUCCCCUCCAGUAAUUCCUGUUGAUCCAAGAACUCAUCCUAGUCCUCCUCUUAGUUCUCCACAGGGGAACAAGACCGGUUCAUUUAACACUAUAGCGAUCAUUAUGAUUGUUCUUGGCUUACUACUAGUGAUCAUCGCACUUGUAUUCUGUUUCAUUCAGUCAAGAAGAAGAAGAAAUUUCUUGUCAGCUUAUUCUUCCUCUGGUAAGGAAAGUGUAGAGAGCUACACUUAUCAUGAACCAGUGGUUAGGACCAAUAAACCCGCAGAAUCUCUUGUGAAUCACGCAAGGAGAAGAUCAACGCCUGAUCCAGGAGGCAGGCUUCUAUUUGUGCGGGACAAUGUUCAAAGAUUUGGUCUUCAAGAUCUUCUUAAAGCUUCAGCUGAAGUUCUUGGUAGUGGAACGUUUGGUGCUUCAUACAAAGCAGCAAUAUCUAGCGGACAAACAUUGGUCGUGAAGAGGUAUAAACAUAUGAACAAUGUCGGAAGAAAUGAGUUUCAUGAGCAUAUGAGAAGGCUAGGGAGGUUAAACCAUCCGAAUCUAUUGCCUCUCGUCGCUUACUAUUACCGGAAAGAAGAGAAGCUUUUAGUCACUCAGUUUAUGUCUAAUAAUAGCUUGGCAAGCCAUCUUCAUACUAAUCAUUCAGCGGAUCAACCUGGUUUGGAUUGGAUCACACGUCUAAAGAUCAUAAAAGGAGUAGCAAAGGGUUUAUAUUACUUGUUCAACGAGUUACCAACAUUAACUAUCCCUCACGGUCAUAUAAAGUCUUCAAACGUGGUUUUAGAUGAAUCACUCGAGCCGUUGCUAACAGAUUACGCUCUAAGACCAGUGAUGGGCUCAGAGCACGCGCACAACUUCAUGACUGCAUACAAAACACCAGAGUAUGGGCCGGCAAAAGGACAAGUCUUGACAAAGAAGACAGAUGUUUGGUGUCUCGGUGUGUUGAUAUUAGAGGUUUUGACAGGGAGAUUCCCUGAGAAUUACUUGUCGCAAGGUUAUGAUCCAAACAUGAGUCUUGUGACUUGGGUUAGUGACAUGGUUAAGGAGAAGAAAACAGGUGACGUGUUUGACAAGGAAAUGGAAGGGAAGAAGAAUUGUAAAGGGGAAAUGAUUAAUUUGUUGAAAAUAGGGUUGAGAUGUUGUGAAGAGAAAGAAGAGAGGAGGAUGGAGAUGAGAGAAGCUGUGGAGAUGAUUGAGAUGUUGAGAGAAGGAGAAUCAGAUGAUGAGUUUGGUUCCAUUGAUCAACGAGUGAGUAAUGAUUUAUAUUCUUCAAUGUUGUGGGACGAUGAUGACUCGUUGAAUCGAUGAGUUAUUCGGAUUUUCAGUCAUUUCUUUCUAGGAAUCAUUUGAACAUGUAUAAAAGUGCCGUGGUGGCUUUACCGGAGAGAAGAAAGAAGAGCAUGUGAUGGAUUGUUCUUCUUCCUAUUGUUAGUGCAGAUCAUUAAGAAAAAUGUAUGAGCAGUUUAUGGACCAACAAAUAUGUAUAUAGUUUGUAUCUGUAUAUCUCCAUCGUUGUCAGCUUUAGUUCUUCACCAUAACCUGGACUUUUAUAGCAUUAUCAUCUGCUUUAGUGCUUGUUCUUUUGUCCUAGCAAUUAGCAUUUGUGGAGUGAUCUUUCUUUCUCUCAAAAGGUAGAUUUUUACAACUGUCUUUGAGAAAUAUGAGAUGUGUAUUAGAAACUUUUAAAAUAUAUAUGUAAAAAUGGUUUUGAAUUUGAAAUUAGGAUGUUAAUAAUCAAAAAAAGUGCUGAUAAAUAGUAAAUCUCGAGUUAACAACAGAUAUUAUCUCCUCUUUGAAUACAUGUAUAUAUCAAGCAGAACGGUUAGUACAAAAGAUAAUUAUACUAUUAACAGUACUCCUUGCACCAUGCUGAGUUCUCUUGUAAUAUUUUUCUCUCCUUUAUAUGCAUAAUUUACAUUUUCUAGAGUUUAAAUCCCAGAUUUCAUGGUGUAUAAUCAUUAAUGAACCAUUAGACAAAUCGCUCGACUAAGAGAAUUCCGUUGCAUAGAGUUUUUAUACAGGGGUUUUAUACCAAAUAAAACUAAUAAUGUACUAAAACUUAUUUAUUUAAAUAAAUUAAAUGCAUUUUUAGGUGGACAUGUAUAUGUAAGGGUUCUAAAAAAUAUUUAAAAAUAUCUAAUAUGAGAUUUUUUUUUUGUCUCUUUCAUGUCUUUUCUUGUUUUUUUUUUCUUUUUUUUCUUUUAUUUAAUUGCUGAGAUAUUCAAUGAAUAUUGUCUAUGUAACUACUCCUAGAGUAACCUCAACAUUUUAGAACCCUACCACAGUUUCUGACAGCUUUAAUAUUAUUAUUUUAACUAAAUUUUAUUUAUGCAAUUAAUAUUUAUUUACAAAUCUCAACUACUAAUAACUUGACACUUAAAGCAACUUCAUUGCUGAUGAUGAAAAUUUGAAGUUCUUGACAAUAGAUAUUCAAUAUUUUAGUGUGUUGUAGUUGUGGUUGGGUUAUUAAAUUUAAUUGCUUUAGAAUCUUAGAUAGAUAUAGACUAGUGAAAGUGAAAAUGUGUUAUCAAAGUUUCUAAAUAGACUCUUAAAGUAUCAGUUCAGACAACCUCAGUCAUCUCUCUUUUAUACUUUUCUAUAUUUUUAUUUGAUUAGAUACUUCUUUAGAACUUGUCAAUGGACAAGAUUUUAGAAUACUGAUAUCUAAAAAGUUUAUCGAAUGUAAACAUAUUUCUCUCUCUCACUUCAACUUUUAUUUAUUUUUUAUUUUUUUUUAUUUUGUAGAUACUGUAAGAAUGAAUGUGCUCUUAAAUAGUUACAAUAAUGGAAGGCUUGAGACAAUCCACACUAAAAUGCGCUAACUCACAAGAAACAAACAGUUUCCAUGUAUACAAUUAUUAAUUUUAAUAUACGUUAUUUUCUUACAAAAUUGAUAAAUCCUCUAAACUAUUUGUGAAGUGAUGUUUUAAUUUUUUUUCUUACGUUUCAUCUUGACAUUUAGGUUUACCAAAAAAAUAUAAAUAUUUUCUAAUAAGUGACUAACAUCAAGUUAAUUAUGAUAUUGAUAAUUUGAUUUAUUUUAACAUAUUUUUGAUAAUAGUUUUGAGUUAUGGUAAUCACUCAAAUAUUCACAGCAGAUUAAACAAAUAUAACAUUAUUAAAAAUAAAUUAAUAAUAUAACUAUAAAUAUAGUAAUAUAUUCAUGUAAAUUCAGAAUAAAAAUGAUAUAAAUUUGUGUAAAUAAAUUAAACAAAUUAAUAUAAAUGUGACUCAACCAAUAAAAAUGAAGAUACAAUUAAAACAAGUCACAAUUAAUUGUAAAAGUGUGUUAAGACUAUAAAUUAAAAUAACAGCAAGUCAAAUUUUUGUGGAUAUUUAAAAGCUUAAAACUAUAACUAAAUAUGUUAGUCAAGGUAAGAAUGAUUAUAAAGUAAUCAUAUUUUUAAUUCAUGCCUAACAGCAAUGGAGUAAAUGAGUUGAACGAAUGAGAGUUGGAUCACUAGGUUAACUAAUAAAUUAAUUUUUAUAAGUUAUUAUGUCUUAUUUUAAAGCAAACUAAAUAUCAUUUUUAGAAUAUAUACAUUUAUAUAUAUUUCUAAAAUAAAUAUAGUUACCAAAAUCUAUUUUUUAGAAAAGGAAACAAAUAUAUUUUAAAAACAAUUUAACUAGAAUUAAAUAAAAUCAAAAGUAAAAUAUUUAAAUCAAAUUAAAAAAAAUUAAAAAAAUUAUGAUUUUUUAUUUGUAAACUGAUAGAGUAAAAUAAAAAGUUAUUAAUGCAUCAACUAAAUAUUCAUUUUGAAAUUAAAAUACUAGUUUAAAACUAUAAUAUUUAUGUAUGGCGUGUGAUACCUCGUUGUAAACUAUAAUAUUUAUGCAUGGCGUGUAAUACCUCGUUGUAAACAUAUAGCGUGUUUACCGCAAGGAACAUAUAGUUUGUAUACUAUAUUUAAAUCGUACCAGGAACUAAGUUCCUAUUAACGAAAAUCAAGCUAUGUUCUAGACCUCAUUAGAAAAAAAUAGUUGUUGGUAUUUUCCUCCUUAGAAAUUAGUUGAAUUUCAAUCUAAAUACUCUUAGAUUAUAAAAAAAUAUAGUUUGUAGUGUUGUUUCUCUAAACCAUAUAUACAAUGGUUUGAACACCCAUUUCAUUUUCAACAUAUUUUUUUCCUAUUUUUAACAUUCCACAUCAUCUUAUUUCUCUCUUCAACCUAAUUUAUUCCACUUCAUUUUUAACCUAUACAAUAGUUUGUUUAAAAAAAAAUCAACACUCUAUCCCACCAUUUUUAAUUCAUACUUAUAUUUUUCAUAUUAUAAUAAAUACAUAUUAAUAAUAUUUGUAAUUGUAAUUAACUUAAAAACAAAAACAAACAUAACUAGUUUGGUUUUGAAAUUAGUAAUUGUUGGAAUUUUGGUAGUUAAACGGAAAUUAGAAGAAUUUUGGAUGUUAUUGGGAUCCAUUUAACAAAAAUAUUUUUUGGUUUGCAAAAGAAAAAGGUUUAAAUCACUAAAAUAGUUGAUUAUAAUGAAAAUGACGUUUUAUGUAUCCAAAUGAAGUGAGAGUAGUCUAUAUUUAUAAAUCAUAAAAAUCAUGAACUUUUUUAAUUUAAUUAAAAGUUUUAUUAUAUAAUAAAUGAGCUCAAAUGAUUAGAUGAGUUAAAAAAUGCACAACCGAUCAAUUUACGCCACGUGGCUAAGUUGGACAACUAAAAAAAUAUUCAACGUUGAAACUUUACAACAUCUUUGCAGCCACCUAGAUAUGUAAUAAAACUUCAACAACCCCAUUGUUGAUUAUUUAAGAGUUGAAUUUGGUUUCAACACCACCAUGUUGGGUGAACACUAUCCACAAUAUGUAAAAUUAUUCAACACCCUUGCUUGCUCUUUUUAACAUUCUACAUCAUAUUAUCCCUCUUUCUCCUAAUUACUUAACACCAAAUUCAUUUUUAACCUUUACAAUAAUUUUUUAAAUAAAAUUCAACAUCCUAUUCCACCAUUUUUAUUUUAUAUUUUACGUUUGCAUACUUGUAUAUCUGGAUACUAGUUUUAUAAAAAUAUCUAACUUUUUUUUUAAACACUAGAAAUUUAAUCUUGAAGUGUUACACAAGGAAAAAAUUCAAACAUAGACAUAGAGUGGAUUUUGACUUAAACGAAAAGAUUAGUAAGCCAAGAAGGAUGUCCUCUAGCAAUGUAAGAUUGAAAGAGAUCUUCUUUAAUCACACUUUCCGCAAUAAGCAUGGCUCCUUUGAUGUUGUGUCGAGAGUUGAAUUGUGCUUUCCAGUCCUGGAACUCGUUCAAAAGUGGUAAAAUCUUUGAAGAGUAGAACUUAAAAUAAGGCCAAGCAUGAGUUUUAGAGAUAGCUUCAAUCAAAUCAUGAUCUUCACUUGAAAAUAUGAUAGAGUCAUACUGAAUUGUUUAUAAAAAUAUCUACCUAUUAACAGAAAUAAUAAAAUAAAAUCAAAUUAAAGGAAAUAAAAUUUUAAAAUAUAUUAUUUUAUCUUGUUUUAUAUUUUUCAUGUAAUCAAAUUAAACUAGUUUACUAAAAACUUGUAAAACUAUGUAUUAUUAUUUUUAAAUCCAAAUCAAAUAAAACAACUUUCUAUUUGUAGAAUAUGAAACACAAAAAUUUUUGUGUUACAAAAAAAAAACACAAAAUUUUUUGAUAUAAAAUAAAACAAAUUAAUCUAUUUAUAUAAAAAACUAAUCACAAACAAUUAGGAUAAAAAGUAUCAAAUAUAUCAUUCUCUCUCUUCUUUCUUAUUGAAAAAUGAUACAUUGCACCUGUGGACCCAAUUUUUUUUUUUAUUUUUCAACAUGUUGAGAAGAUUCAACUCAUUUGAAUCCACCUAAGCAUUUUGAUUUUUUUCAACAUGUUCUUGAAAGUUCAACUGUUGAUUCAAAAAUUCAACAACCCCAUUGUACAUAGUCUAAGUCCUCUUCAUUAUUAGAUUUUAUUCAAUAGGACUUUUGUUUCUGAAAAACAUAUUUUUCGCCAACAACUUUUUAAAAAAAGUUUCCUAUUUCUGCAGGUUUAAAUGUUUACCUUGUAUUCCUUCACAUUUAUCAUUUACUUUUCAAUAUAUUAUCUGUAUGCGAAUAAAAAAUUUAUACAAAUAAUAAUGUUUGAUACAUAGUAUAACCAAUAUUCUCUAAGCCUCUUUUCUCAGAUAUGACCCAACAAAUAAUCUAUUUAGUUGAUUUUUUUAUAGCAGAUAUAAAUGAAAUUGGAAGCGUUCAUAACGAUUAUCAUAGAAUCAAAUAAAAAUUUCAUUAUGUACAUCAAAGAUAAUUAAUAAUAUUUUAUAAGCAUUCCAUUGAAUUCAAAUAACAAGCCUCUAGUUGAGGACCUUAGCUAUCUUCAAAAAGUAUUUGUCUAUUUAUUUCUCAGAGUAAAUUUUUUAUAGAAUAUUUUUAGUAAAUAAUUAUCAUAACCAACCAUAUCUAUUAAUAUUUCACGUGGUUUAGAAAACAUCAAAAUUGGUAUGAUAUAUGUCAUCUAACUAUCAUCGUCCACUGAGUCCAAUUUUCUCUCAAAUGAAGCAAAAAGCCAAAUCAAGCAAGUGGAGAUAUUGUUCAUGAUUUAGAUGCAUCAACUCUAAACCCAUCCACCCAUGAUAAGAUUUAUUCACUUUCCAAAGUUUGUUUAUAUUUCAUUUAUGUUCUAGUUUCGCUUUCUUAAAGCAUAACUUUAAUAAUGUCAAGACAACAAGCCAUUUCUCUCAUUAUUUAAGUAAUAAAUAUAUAAAUACACUGCUGUUUUUAUGUCUUUCGAUUGUAAAAUUGGCUACAUGUUUACGAUGCUAACAACGACUUGGGAGUUAUACAAAUAAUAAUGUAAACUAAAAAUUUAGAACUUAUGAUUCAGUGUAUUGCAUAGCACUCAACUUUGUAUGGCUCUUUUAGAUCAUCACUAUCCUCUUCUACUCAAUAAAAAUCUAAGAGAUUAUAAAUUUAGAAAAUUGAAAUUUUUUUAGGAAACUGAAACCAUAUUAUGUUAAUAUUGUAACAUGACUAUUCAAAUGAUUGUGUGACAUAUGUUAAAAUGCUAGAUUUUACACAUGAGUUUCAAAAAAAAUUCUCUAAUGUUUAUUUAAUAAGUAAAGAAACAAUAAAUACAUUGGGUAAUCUAAAAACUACUCUCUCUGAUAUAUAUAUUAAGUAUCGUUUUAGAAUUUCGAACUUAUUUAUAAAUGUCGUUUUAUAUUUUUAAUCCAUAUAUUUAAUAAUUUUCCAGUUUUACCUUUACUUUUAGCUCACUAAUUAACAAAAUAAAAAAUAAUACUUGGGGAAAUUGUCAAAAAGACUCAAAAUUUAUUUUAAAUACAAAAGUGUGCCCCGAAUUCAAUCAAAUGCAAAAGUAACCUAAAAUAGUAGUGAAAUUACAACAAUCUUCUUAUGACCAAACAAAAAAAAUUGUAUUGAGUUUUACCAUUAUAACCCUCUGCGUGAGAACACUUACAAAGAAGUAGUAGAUCUUUAAAAUAAUUUAAAAAGUUUAUAAAAAAUGUUUUGAUGGGGAAAAAACUGAAAUCAUGUAAUAAUAAACAUUUCUAAAUGAUGUGAAUUUAGUUUUACUAAAAUUGAGUUCUUUUCAACAUAGAUGAAUGAAUGUGGAUUGAGUUAUGAUAGUCCUUGAUUUAGGGUUUGGUAACAUAUAGUAUAGUAUUGUUGGUAUUUUUAGGGUUGGAUUUUGAAAUCUUAUCUUAUUCUUUUGGUUUGACCUAUAUGUGUUUAGUGACUAUCUAAUAACUUGAUUUAAACACUUUUUAAGUAUCUUUAAAGUUUAAGAAAGUGUGUUUUCUUAGUUAUUUGAUUAUAGGGCAUGGAAGACUAACAUAAGACUUCCCAAGAAGUCUUCUGACACAUCUCACCUAAAGUUUAGUAGAAUGUAGGGUUCCCACCUAAAUUUUAGAAGAAUUUAGGUUUCCCGCCUAAAUUGAAGUCUUAUAUGGGAAGUCUUCUCAUGUAUUAGAUCUUAAAAUUAAUUAAUAAUUUUUAUAAAAAAUAUUUUGAAAGGGAAAAAGUCGAAAUUAUGUAUUAAUAAAUAUUUCUAAAUGAUGGAAAUUCAGUUUUACUGAAAUUGAAUUAUUUUUAACAUAGAUGAGUGAAUGUAGAUUGGGUAAUGAUAGUCUUUAGUUAAGGUCUGGUAACAUAUGUUAUACUAUUGUUCGUAUUUUUAAGGUUAAACUUUGAAAUCUUAUAUUUUUCCUUUUUUUGAAAAAAAAUUGACUUAUAUGUGUUUAGUGACUAUCUAAUAAUUUGGUUUAAGUACUUUCUAAGUAUCUUUUACGGUUAAGGAUGUGUUUUUUGCUUAGUUAUUUGAUUAUAGGGUCAUAAAGACUGACAUAAGACUCCCAAUAAGUCUUCUGACAUAUCCCGCCUAAAUUCUAGUAAAAUUUACGAUUUUCGCUUAAAUUUAAGAAGAAUUUAGGUUUUCCGCCUAAAUCUACUUAUCUUCCGUCGGAAGACUUCUAUAGAAGUUUUCUCUCGUAACCAAAAAUUUGACCAAAACCUGAAAUAAAAUUUGUGAAGACUUCUAAAGAAGUUUUCUCAUUAAUAAUAAUUUUUUUACUAUUAUUUUUCAAUUGCAAAAGUAUUACACAUAAACUUCUUGCAACAGUGAGAAGACUUCUAUAGAAAUUAUCCCCGGGAAGUCUUCUAUAAAAAGUCAAAUUUCUGAUAAACUUUGGUCAAUUGGAAAACUAACAUGUUUAUCCGAGAAGUUUUCUCUGAGAUUUUUCAAUUUGUUUUUCUUAAUAAAGAAAACUUAGAAGUUUUCUAGGGAAGUCUUCUUGAUGGAGAAUACAUCUUGCAAAGUCUUCUGAAAGUCUUCCCGAAGUCUUCUGAAAGUCGUCGCAAAAAGAUCUGAAAAAAAACCAUUUCAUACCUUGAACCUAUGAGAUGACUUGCUUAGCUUCUCUAAGCACCUAAAACUUCAUUACAAAAGCUACCAAGUCGUUAAUGACCACGCAUCAUGAGUUUCAAUGUCUCUAUGAGCCUUACGUAACUUGGAAUCAAAAUCUUUGUUUUUGGAUGAAUUUAAAGAGAGAGUGAAAGAGAUGUGAUUUGUGUGCAUAAGUAAUGAGAUAUGAAGAUGAAAAUUGAAACUUUGGUGCAUUAAGAGCUUCAAAUUGGUUGUUCAUGGUGGUUAGUGUAUUGAUGGCAAUGACAGUAUGAUAAAUACUUUGUGAAGAUGAGGAUGAUAAAGUAAAAGACUCAUUUUCGGAAAAAGAAAGAAAAAAAUGAUAUUUUCAUGAAUAACUCGAACUUCUAGGGUGAAUAGAAAAAAAAGUUAUUAAAAAAAAUAUAGGUUAUUUUUAUGUUUGACUUGAAAUUUUAGGCCAUAUUUGAAAAGUCCAUAAUACGUUAAGUAAGAGUAAAAAAACUUUAAUUAGUUUUUUAAAAUAUAUAUAUAAAAUAAAAAGACCAUAUUCUUAAAAUGGAGAGAGUACGAUAUUAUAUCAAAGAAUUGGAAUAUAUAGUGUAUUUUUAUGGAAACAAUUGUUGUCAAUUUAACUAAUAAUCUCUUUUAUGUUUUGUUAAAAAUUGUAUAUAUUCUUUUGAUGAAUAAUUUUUUUUGUCAACAUUUGUAUUUCAUUAAGCCCAAAGGGCUAAAGCAGUAGUACAAUUUACAAUUAAUGUAAGAUACUAAAUGCAAGACAGAGAAACACAUGUAU